AUGGCGUCGUCGAGCGCGGAAGAGAAAAGCAAACUUCUGGAGAGGGUAACAAAUGAACAUCAGUCUGAAUUGUCCAACGUAAAAAUGAUGAAGGAUAGAGAGAUCGUCGAAUUGAACGAAAAAAUGAAAAUACAGGAACAUAGAAUAAAUAGACUAGAAUCUCUUAUCAAGGAUAUUAAAUCAUCUCUUUUAUAUCUAUGCCGGAAAUGCGACAAAGAUGAUGACGACUACAUGAGUAAUGGUAAUGAUUUGGAAGACGAUGUUGAUGACGAUGGUUCAAAUUCUAUAAAUGGAUUGAUGGUAAUAACAAUAUAA